GUGUUGUUAACUAUACAAAAAUAGAGAAGGAAAUGCAGAGGAAAUUUGACGAAAUGGAGAUUCGUUUUAAAACGAAGAUGAUCAACAUUGAAGAAAAAAUGUUAAACAAUACAUCUGAGAUAGAAAGAAAAUUUUCGGAAUUGAUUCGAGUUGCUGAAGAAUUAAGACCUCUAACUUUUUCCGAUUGCGGAAAAGUAACUAAAAAUGAUGCAAAAAUAUGGAAUGAAACCGGUGGAGUUUUCGAUAUUUAUCCAACUUACACAAAGCUUGAAGUUUUCUGUGAUCUAACAACUGACGGUGGUGGUUGGAUGAUAUUUCAACGACGGACAAGUGGCUCAACGGACUUUUACAGAACUUGGAAUGAAUACGUAAACGGAUUUGGGAACAAAGCUGAUGAAUAUUGGCUUGGUAAUCUUUAG